AUGCUUCGGCGGUCGUACCUGUUGUUUUGCGUUCCGCCCCUAUCUGCGGUGUACGGACACAACUUCUCCGUGUCUGGCCGUGUCUGGCGGCAUAUUUGCAAGAAGAACGCGGAGGAGGGCUUCCCCAACGACCAGCGCUUUCUGCGACUGGCGGUUGACUCGGGGGGCUGUCACGGUUACAAGUACAACUUCUCCUUCGAAGAGAACACCGCACUCGUGCCGGAGGAUGACGUUGUCGUAGCCGAGACGGAUGUGGUGCCCGCCGGCGCGGCAGACAGCAGUGGGGCGCAGCCGUCACCACGCGUGGUGGUCGACAAGUACUCGCUGACGAAGCUGCAGGCGGCCGUGAUUGACUUUCACUCCGAGCUCAAGGGGUCCGCCUUUGUGGUCGUCGGAAAUGAGCUGGUCGACGAAUCCUGCGCCUGCGCCAUGUCCUUUUCCAUCAAAAAGCGGCAGCAGCAACGUAACUGA